ACACGCCGCCCACAUGCAGACAUUUUGUAAAAUCGAGUAUACAUCCCUUUCCGUUUCCAUUCUAUUAUUUCUUCGCCUCGCUGACCCCAAGUGCCCACAGUUCUCCUUGGAAUACCUCGCGUUGCCCCCUCGUAAUUCUACCUGCACAGGAGCCGUUAUUGUUGAUUAAUACGUGCAACAGAAAGGUUAUUGUAUGAGUCAAAAAAUAGAAAAGCCAGUACUAUCAGGUCAACGUAUAAAGACCAGAAAGAGAGAUGAAAAAGAAAAAUAUGAUCCUACUGGGUUCAGAGACGCAAUCCUCCUGGGUUUGGAGAAGGCUGGUAACGACCUAGAGGCAGUCUCCAAGUACCUCGACACAGCGGGUUCAAAGCUGGAUUAUCGUCGGUAUGGCGAGGCGCUAUUCGAUAUUCUCAUUGCCGGGGGUCUUCUCGUACCAGGUGGCUCCAUUGCUUCAGACGGUGAUAAACUCGUCAAGACUAAAGCAUGCGUUUUUGAGCAGCCAGAGGACAUGGAGUCGUUGAAGAAUUACGAGCAAGUUUUCAUAAAGUUGAUGCGUCGUUAUAAAUAUCUGGAGAAGAUGUUUGAGGAGGAAAUGAAGAAAGUACUAGUAUUUAUAAAGGGUUUCAGCCCCCAGGAGAGGAAAAAACUCGCUAGGAUGACAGCCCUGUGGAUAUCCAAUGGUUCUGUACCUCCCACUGUUCUCUCUGUACUCAUCAAUGAGCAUCUUGUUAAGGAUAAUCUUGCCCUUGAUUUUCUUCUCGAGGUAUUUGUAACAUGGAAGAAUGAGAAGGGACUGCCCAGUCUCAUGACUGCUUUGAAACGAGGGGGCAUUGAGGGCAAGAUGAUGGAGUUUGUUCCCCCUAAUAAGAGGACUGAGGAGUACUUUAGAUCGACCUUUGAGACGGUGGGACUCGCUGAUAUCGUCAAGCUUCACAAAGCCCAGGCCAGUCAAGAAGCCAAACGCGAUCUCCAGCAACUACUCAUUGAUGAUCUCGCUGAAAAUCGUCCUAUCAAGGAUAUCGUACUCGAUCUCAAGGAGAUGGCUGUCAAGAGCUGUAUUCCAGAGCACGAGGUCAUCGGUCUUGUAUGGGGGGUCGUUAUGAGCCAGGCCGAAUGGAAUAAGAAGGAAGAACUCGUUGCUGAACAGGCACUCAAACAUUUGAAAAUUUAUACACCACUUUUCGGCGCAUUUACUACCACUGCCAAAUCCGAGCUCGCCCUUAUCCUCAAGGUUCAAGAGUUCUGCUAUGAGAAUAUGAAUUUCAUGAAAGUCUUCCAAAAAAUUGUCCUGCUCUUCUACAAAAAGGACGUCAUCUCGGAGGCGGUAAUAAUGAAGUGGUACAAGGAGGGCCACUCGCUCAAAGGCAAAAUGCUGUUUUUGGACCAAAUGAAAAAAUUCAUCGAGUGGCUGCAAAAUGCCGAAGAGGAGUCUGAAUCGGGCGAAGACGAAGACUAAAGUACAUCAAGAGUGCAUAUUUCGAUGAGAAGCGUAAAAAAAAUGUGACAAAGAACAUUGAGCUAAACCUGUCCAAAUCAGUUUCGGUGAGCAAUGGCAUAAGGAAAAUCGACACAAAUCAUUGACAAGUAUGCAUGGGUGAUGGGUGAACUAAUUACAGAGUAAAAAAAAUGAAUAUGAAAAAUAAAUGAGUAAAUAGAAAAUAAUGCCAAUUGUACAAUUGCACGAUUCCCUAGCAGAAUACACUGUGAACAAUAAAAACAAAUGGAGAUAACAACUGAAAUUGUAUACAUACAUGGGUAAUAAAUUAAAUCAAUUUACAAAA